CCACUCCCUGGAUGCAAAGUGCUAGCGCACUAUCGCAGUGCAUCUCGCUGGCAUACGAAUUUCGCCGGCCUUCAAAAUGCGUACGCAAGGAUCGCAACUGUGGCGAACCUCUGAUACGCAUUCGUCGAAGCGCUGUAUACGCAGGCGCUGACGCGGCACUUGCAAGCGGCGGCACCUUCCGUUGCACGACGAGCGUCAAGGUUUGCCUUCCCCUCGAUUCACCCAGACACAGAUCCCGAGCGGGCCGAUCGAGGCGCAACAGCCGCCCAGGGCCCCACGCCCGGGCCUCGGGCGCGGCGUGUGGCGCCACCUGGCGGGCGGGUCCGGGCGCACGCGGUGGGACCCCCAGCACCUCCUCGUCGGCGGCAGAGCGGCCGCGCGCACACCCGUCAGCGGCUGCCGAGAGACCCGCGUGCUCCCCGGCCCUGCAGGGAAGCCCCGCGUGCUCCGGCUGCGUCAGCUGCGCCGGUACGCGCGGCCCAGGCUGCUUCCCGCGAAGGGAUCCGAAUCGAUGUCAUUUUCGGCCAGCGGCAUGAGCAACACCUGCAGAGCCUCCAGUCGCGCCAAACUCAUCAUCCUGCACCGCAAGAGAAGAUGCUUACCCACCUAAGCACAGCCCGCGGCAUUGUAGGCAAGAAGCUGGACUCCUAGGCACACCCCCCUCUUCACUGUGACGUCUAGCUGCAGACAAGCUCCUUUCACGCUGCCCCCCUCUUUUGCUUUGCGGUUUCGACGUUGAUCCCCUAGAGAACUUCUACUGUGCCGCCGCCGUUAACGUUUGGUUCUCAGGGUUUUGGUGUUGGCUGCUUUCGGUGUUAGCGCUCCUGUUCAGUCCCACUGCGAGCUCCUUUCGGCUCCUUUCGUCGCUAACUCUCCGCACUCGCUUCGAGACGGCGGUUGGUAGGCAGCCGCUGACGCUCGCCGACCGCAAACGCUGUCCCGGAACUUCCGGCACUCGCCGCGUGCUCUUCGCUCGCGCACCCGAAGCUCGCCGCGGCGCGCCCCCAUGGACCGAGCACUUGACUCGCGCGCCGGGCCGCGUCUGCUGCUCGCGGCCGCCCUGCUCGUGGCGUGGUGGCGGACGGCGCUGGCCGGCGUCGCGCCCGAGCACCCGUCCCCGAACGGCACCAACGCCGGCGGCGAGGCGCCGCCGUGGCCUCCCGGCGACUGGCACCGCCUGCUCGGGGGAUGCGACGAGUACGUGGACGCCACGGCGUGGAACGGAUCCACCGCCGCGGCGCGCAGUGCCGACUCGUCGCGGCUCCGUCUGCAGCAUCCGUUCCUGUCACUGGCGGAGGGCGUCGUGCCGGAUGUCACUUACAGCGUGGUUGUUCGGUCUGGCGCUCAACUGGAGGCGCACCCGGUGCUGGUGGCCGCCCAGCCGCCCGGCGAACUGGUGGCGCUACCGGAAAACAGCAAGCGCUGCGGCCUGAACGGAAGCUUCGUGGUGCUCCACCCGGCACGCGAUGAGCCGCUGCUGCAAUGGAGGCCUCAGAGCGGCUCCAGGGACGGUCGCAACGAGUCGACUCUACUGACGGUGAUUUAUCCUUCGGGACCAGGAGGUUUAGAAGCUGAAUAUCUGCGCUACCCUCUUCGUAAAGACUGUUUGGUCCUCUUCCGAGCGCAGUACGCCGUCAUCCAAAGCACUGACUUGGACAAAAAAUACCUGGAGUGUCCUAAGCUGACCAUCCUCUUCGAGGCACCGGCAGACACAACGCCCACCGUGCAGUUCCAGGAGGUGCGCCUUUCCGGCAGCGCAGCAGCGCAAGUCGAAGUACUGGUGGAGACCGAGGCAGCUAAGGGCCUCGUUUUAGGCAACAGCUCUGUACUGCGGGCCUCGGGGAGAGACCGCUGGCUCGCGCUUCGAGCGCGGUCGUGCCGCUCCUGCUACUACCGAACCGUUGUUUACGCCUUGGACAGCCGCGAAGGUUGCAACGCGACACUCACCAGAACAAGAGGAGAAUGGCACAGCCCCCACCAUCCGGAUUUCUACCCUCCGGGAUUGCACUGUUUCAUAACCAUACUGGCACCCGUCGGACACCGCAUACUGCUCCGUAUCCCGUUCCUUGAGUUGCCGCCCGCAAAGGACCCCCGCUGUGAGCACGACAGCCUGGAGAUUGGACCCCUGGCGGGCCGCGGGCCCAGCACCGUCGUGCUCUGCGGAAGCCGGCGGAACCUCACGUACCUGUCUCUCGACGAGAGGCUCUCCAUCGCGUUCCACAGCGACCCCCUGCUGGAGGCCGAAGGCUGGACGGUCAAGUACGAGUUCGUCAGGCUCUGUCGGAACGAGACCCACGGCGAGGCGAACGGCCGCGUCUGCUAUCCGCCCGGCAAGAGCACGUCGCUCCUUUACUCGGCCCCCGGCGACUGCCACAUUGCGCUGGUCGUGCCGCUGGGCUACGAGGUGCAGCUCAGCUUCAGCAUGCUCCAGGUGUCGGCCGCGCGCGCUUCCUCGUCCUGCCCUGACAGCUUCCUCGAAGUGUCGUCCGGAGGCGUGGAGCACCGGUUCUGCGGCAACUGGACGGGAAGCCCCGAGCUGGCGGCGCUGCGGUCCGCGGGCAACGCAAUGACCAUCCGUGUGCACCUCCAGGAACCAGCCGGGGGCCCCAGCUUGCUGGCGCUCAGUGCCGCCAGCCUGGGCUUCUGUGCCACGUACGACGCGGUGCUCGUGAACCAGUCUCUGGCGGAGGACUGCGAGUUCGGCUGGGUCUCCUGGGGGCUGCACUGCUACAGGGUGUUCAACGAAAGCCUCUCCUGGGCCAAGGCCAAUGACGUGUGCGCCUUGCAUGGCGGCCACUUGGCCAGUGUCACCGGAGAAGACGUGCAGUCGCUUCUGGAUGCUAUGCUGCUCGCGAGUAUCGAGUACAAGAACCAUCAUCAUACCUUCUGGAUUGGUGGGAAUGACCUGCAGUACGAAAACUGUUUCACCUGGGCUGACGGUCAGGAAUUUGAGUACACACAUUGGUUCCCUGGCUGGAGCAGUCACGGCGGCUAUGGCGCCCAGCCCAGCGACGACGGCCUGGCGCAGCAGGACUGCGUCGAGGUGCGCGACGUGUUCCUGUUCCCCAGCAAGGGCCAGGGGCGCACGGCCACCUUCUUCUGGAACGACCGGCACUGUGCGGUCGCCAACCCGUUCGUCUGCCAGCGGCUGCGCCAAGGUGCCACUUUGGAGGUUGGGCGCACUGUGGAGUGCAACCGUACGCUGGUGCUCAGCCCCGAUCACAGCCGUGGCGUGGUGUCGAGCCCCAACUUUCCCGGUGCCUACCCCAACAGCCAGCGCUGCUCCGUCGAAAUCCAGGCGCCAGCAGGGUUCCGCGUGGAACUGCGCUUCAACGAAUUCCUGCUCGAGGACCAUCCAGGGUGCGAAUACGACUACGUUGAAAUUGAUGAACCCGAUGAGGAACGCAGUAGCGGCCGCCUUUGCGGCGACUGGAGCGGAAGGGUGAAACUGCUGCGUCAGUACAGCCAUGGCCGACGCCUUCGAGUUCAUUUCGUCUCCGACUUCUCGCACGCCUUCAAAGGCUUCAAAGCAGAAGCUGUUCUCAGGCCAGAGGUGGUGCCGACGCAGCUGUGCGAUGCGCGCCAGUUCCAGCGCUUCGCUGACCACUGCUACCUGACGGCCAGUUUCCCUGAAGUGUCCUGGGCCACAGCGCAGCGCGUCUGCAGCGAGUCGCAGGCCACGCUGGCCGCCGUCCGCACGGCGGCGCAGGAGGCGCACCUGAGGGCACUCGUGGCUGCCACCGACGGCUCCGGCUCCGGCGCCUGGUACUGGCUGGGCGGCCGCAAAGUGGGCCAACGGGCAGACGCUGGCUCCUGGGUGGACGAGGCGAGUGCCGAGAACGCCGCAGACACCACCGAAGAGCCGCCCGGGGAAACGACCAGCUCUGGGACCAAGGGGACGCCUCUGUGCCUGGCGUUGCAGUGGCGGCCCCAGCAGAACGGGAGCGACCUGCACUGGGCCUGGAAGCCGUGCGACCAUUCCGGCCGAUACAUCUGCCAGAAGAAAGCCUUCACGCUGCCUCAGGAUUUGAACUUGACGCGCACGGAACCGUCGGGCACGCUCACGUCGCUGCACCACCCGGCGCACUACCUGAAUGACCUGCACUACUCAGUGUCCAUCGUGGGGCCACCUGGCUCGCGGGUACUGCUCUCCUUCUCUCGUUUGGACCUCGAGUGGCAGGCUGACUGUCUAUACGACUACAUCGAGAUCGAGAGCCCGCACAGCCAGGUUGAUCCCGUGCGCAUCUGCGGACAGCACGAGGCCGACCUCGACAGGUUCGACCACUUCUCGGAGUCCAAUGAGCUGCGACUGACUUUCCACUCGGACUACUCGGUUACAGCCACGGGCUUCGCAGCUAGCUGGACGACGGUUGAUAUGGCAUCGCUGUGCCACGACCCGCCAUCUACUCUCACUGCGUACAAGGACCGGCCGCAGUCGCUUAUCUCGCCGCAUUACCCGCACUUCUACCCCAACAGCAUGCACUGCAGGUACGUGAUAAAGUCCGAGGCGCCCAGCCUGCCGGUUUUGGUGACGGUGGAGGACCUGGACGUAGGCGUGCGGGAAGCCUCGGGUCACUGCCUGGGCGACCGGCUCAGCGUGAGGCUCAGCGCCACCACGGCCAUAGGGAGCCCAGCCACAAUCAGCCUGUGCGGCGGCGACCUGAGCGUGCAGCGUGGCUUCCAGCUGCUCUCGUAUGGCGACACGCUCAAGCUGACUCUCGAGGCCCAGCAGCACAGGACGCGGAGGCACCGAGGGUUCAACGUCACUUACCACGCGCUGUCCGGCUCAUCGCUGGAGACCACCCUGCAGCUGCCAGCUCGCGCUCGGGGCUUCGUGCAGAGCCUCAACUACCCGCACCGGCCGCCGCAGAGCUUGGCCUACAGCGUGCGCCUGCUGGCGCCGCUGGGACAGCGCGUCGAGCUGCGUUUCGUAAACCGCAGCGUUGCCCCGGCGGCCGCCGUCGCUGGCGCUGUCCACCUGUGGGACCCGUACCGGACCCCGCAGCUGGCGCUCAGACUCGGCGCUGGCGCCGACAAUGCCACCAUCUCGUCCACGCUCCACACGCUGCGGCUAUCGUACAGCGCCCCGGCGGCCCCUUUCCAGGCCUACUUCAUCACACGAAAAGAUCCUUUGUACCUGGACAAAACCGUGACGCUGCUGGCAGACGUCUCCCUGGACUCCUGCACGCCAAACCCUUGCCUUAACGGAGGAUCCUGCAUCGAAGACGUGACUUCCAAGAAGCGCCUCUGCAGUUGCACUCCGCCGUUCGCAGCGAUGUUCUGCCACGUGCACGUGUGCGACGUGGGCGACGCCUGCAGCGGUCGUGGCAACUGCAGCGUGUCAUCAUCGGGGGCACUUCAGUGCUCGUGCCAGCAGGGUUUUGAGGGUCCAGACUGCACCCAGACAGUAAACCCGUGCGCGGGACAUCCCUGCGGGCCCCAGGGCCGCUGUGUCGCCCACAACGGAUCCUUCGUCUGCCACUGCAACAUCUUCUUUGAAGGGCUGCGCUGCGAGAAGCAGCUGUUCCGUCUGCCGUACCGUCCUCUCAGUCAGAGGAUGCUUGAGGAGCCCUUCUGGUUAGGGCUGAUCACCGUCUCAGCUGUGCUUUUGCUCAUAUUGCUAGUCUACUGCAUAAAACGCAAGUUCGCCGACAAGAUUGAGAAGUUUCUGGCCGAAGAGAUUGAACGCAGCAAGAACAAUCCGUCGCCGCCCGCGACACGUUACAGCCUGAGUUCCACCCAGCCGAGCCUGACGCCCGCUAGUCUGAGCCCGCAGCCAUGUCAGCGGUCACUGCUGAGCCGCAUUCGGCGGCACAGCAUCCGAAGUGCGCAGGGCGGUUCCAGCCCGUCCGACAAGGAGCAGGGGGCCUGCACGUUCAGCUUCGAUGAGCUCCUCAAGCGAUCGUCGCAGUCCUCCGGCUCUAAGAAGCAGUCAGCCAAUUCCAGCGACAGCGACAACCCGAUGCCUGGUACCAGUGGUCCCGGCCCGGCUCCUAAGGAGAAGGAGUCCGAGACCUCGCGAAUCCUAGCCUCGCUGGUCACUUCGUCGAAAUCGCCGGGAAAACGGAGGAUGAGUCUAGAUGAGUUUAUCAAGCUCAGCGAGCGCAAGAUACAGAGCAUCAAGCGCGAGGAGACCCCUGGGGACAUAUCGGACGUGUCAGUUGCCAGCGAGGGCAGCAUGGAGACUAGUUUUAUCCAGAGGACCGCAGAAUUUCACUCCAUCCGGGAGCAGUCGCAGGAGCAAAAUUCUUCUUCGGACAGCAUAAGCGCGGGGCCUAAGACCAGUGAGGUGCAGGUCGAGGUGACGCCGAUACCCGAGUCUCCUUCGCGAUGCUCCACCGGGGCUGAAACCUUGUGUCGCCAGGACGCCGUGGCCAGUGGUGGUUCACGCUCACCGUCGCCGCGCUCUUUUGUCGAGCAGCAGUCGUCCUCGCUGGAAGAGAAGACAAAGGAGACGCCGAGUGCGACGACGGCAACAGAGACGGCGAUGGUGGCGGAAACGCUGGCAACUCCUAAGGCAGAGCCCGGUUCGCCUAAAGCUGCCGGAGGGGACCCAAAGGGUGCUUUCUUGGACCUGCUUCAGAAAACAAUGAUGGCCGCCUCACCGGCCACGUUUCCCAAGUCCCCAACGAAGCAGCAGCAACAACAGCAGCAGCAGCAGCAGCAGCAGCAACAGCAGGACCCAACGCAGGUGUCUAUGCUAAGCCUACCGAAGGUGGGCAGCGGCUGCAAGCAGAAGGCCACGGAUCUGAGCGUCCCGAGGAAAUAUUCCGUCGACCUGCCGAUGCCCAAGAUCCUGAUCACAGCCAACAUGAGCUCCUGCGAGUCCGAGGAAGCGCCGAGCCCACCCAGAACUCCGAACCCAUCCUGCAAGACCAUGAACUACCUGAGUCCGCUCACCAUCAUGUGCUCCUCAGCGGACCGCACCAUAUCGGAGUCGAACCUCAGCACGUCCGGGUACUCUUCGCUCUCCAGCCCGGGACUGUCCAGGUGCAACUCGAGCAGUCCCAUCGCUGACGAGCUGGAGAACCCCGCGCACCAGGGCCGGCGCGCCAGCGUCUCCCCCAAGAGCGGCCAUUCGCUAUCGCCCAACUACCUGUCGUGCGGUACCAAGGCGUUUCAGUUUCCGGUGGCCCAGGCCUAUCCAUACCUCGAGGCACACCGGCCGACGUCUCCACUGCUGCAGAAGCGGAGGUCGUCCAUAGGGGGAGCCCUGUGCCCUGCGACGCCGUCCCUCAAGGACCGCGUGACGCUCAAGGGCAAGUACCGCGCCACGCGGCACAACUACCAAACCACCAGCACAGAGGACUCUGUCGAUGAUGAGGGCAUAGGCAUCGACAUCGCGGAAAUUAGGAUGAGCAAGUCAUGCAUCCGGGGCGGAGGCUCCGUGGACAUCAUCCUCGACACGGGAAAGUUCGACGUCCCCGAGCGAGACGUGUCCAGGGCCACGUCCCCGUUCGCCAAGAGCAUCAGCUUCGAGAGCCCGCGCUGCCGUAAGGCGGACAAGCACCGCAAGGGAGAGAAGCACCGCCGUCCCACGCCGGGGAGCUCGCCCGGCAUCACGCCCAGCUCCGAGUCGCUGCCCAACGAGCUGCUGGUGGCAGAGGCCAAGCUGUCGCGCAACCCGUCCAAGAGCAGCAUGGCUGCUGCCGUGGCGGCCCACUCCACCUCCGACUCGGACGACGGCGAGCAGCGACCGCGGCGGCCCUGCAAGAGCCCCCGGGCCAGCAGCGCGCGGAGUCCCGUGGACGGCCGAGCCGCAUCGCCCCUCUUCGUCUGCCAGCGCUCCUCGUCCUCGGACUCGCUUCCGUCCACCAACGAGGAUCUUAUGGGCACCGAUUGCUCGUCCACCGAUUGCAGCGCCGACCGCGGCGGCCACCCCUUCUCCGAGCUGGCUAUCGUCAUCGACUCGUCGCACUGCGCGCCUGGUCAGACCAUCGAGCUGAUUCCGUGCCUGCCCCGCCUGCGCGUGCACCCGCCGCCGCAGCGUCGGGAGGAGGCCACCAACACUCAGCCGCACUCGGCGCUGCCGUCGCUGCGGCUCAUCUCGCCCGAGGGCAGCACCAGCAGGAGCCUGGACGAAACCGCGGAACCACGCUCGCCCAGGCCUCCCAGGAGAUCUUCGCUGAGUCCUUCUGGAAAUCAGAGCUCGUUUUCGGCCGGUGAAGGUGGCAAUAAGAUUCCAACGUCUCCAACACCAACUCAUCAUCAAAUACUAAAGCGGCAAGAGGCGCUCGUGGAAGACGAUGGCAGCGAUGAAUCGGUCAGCGAGACCACGGUGCUCCUGCCGCGCAGCCCCAAGCAGCAGCCCGGCGGCGCCUCCCCGAGGAGCGGCGGCGACAGUGCCAGGGCGCGCACGCGGAUGGGCUCGCCUUUUCCCUCAUCCCUGGACUCGGCCGACGGUGGAACUCAAGGCGGGCGGGACGGUGACGCGACCGAGGACCUCUACGACUCCCCGGGGGACGUCGUCUGAGGAGCGCUAAGCGCUCUCGCGUGACGUGCGCGUUUUAGGCGCGCGUUUCAAGAGGCGCGGCUGCCUCGCUCUCGUGUUUCGAAGGGAGGGGCGUCUUAGGCGCUGGCGACCCACUGCCGAGACCUAGAUAAUGUUCUCGAGUACCCAGCCGCAAUCGUUGAUGUCGUUCUUACGCCCCGUGCUGUAGCGAGAGCCACUUUCGGUUGACUUAUUCUGCUGUGCGAAAGGCUCCUUUCGGACUGCGAUAUUAGCUUCCCACAUUUCACGUUUUCGGCGGCGGCGCGAAGCUCAGACACCGGCGUGAAAACGCACGCACACCUUUGGUGCCACCCCCCCGCAUCGCUUCCCAUCACUCCCGUCCAUUAUAAGGACGACCAUGCUUGCCCUCUGUUCAUUCGGAAAUCCCUCAGGUGAGCUCCCUGACUGGUGCCUGACGUCAUCAGUAUGGUCAGUAAAACAGGCUGCAGAGCAAAUACUGGCCACACGAAGAGGUCUUGAAAUGGCGCUGAAAUUUAAGGAAGAAAUAAACUGCAGCCACGACUCAGUGAGCUGUUCGCCACCAAUGGUCUGAAUACCCGCGUGUCAGCAGAAAGGGCUCUCGAACCAAUCUCUUGCGUUGCUCAGCCACGUGCUUGGCAGAUCGCGAUCUACGUUGGCGCGAAACGUUGUACAAUGCGCUGUUCGCCAGUGUAGUCGCCACAGUGUAGUAGUUAUCUGUAUAGUUUUGGUGGCCUAUUAUGCAGCCGACCGAGAGUACAACACUUUUGGGCUUGUGUGUGCGUGCGUGCCGGUCCUGUGUGCGACGGAGAGCACACGGCCUCAACCAGCACCACUCCCUUAAGAGCGCAAGCAAGGCAGCCGCGCCGGCACUUUUCUCUACCGGGACGAAGCAGCGAAUCGCCAUACCUCGCGGAGGUGAACAGCUGCUCGGCCCUGAGUGUUUUAAAUAGCUUUUGUUGUUUUCAAUUUUGCUGUUUCAGCGCUACGCCGCGGAUACUGCGUGCGCCAUGCGUUAGUCGUAGUGGCCAAAUGGAGCUCAUUUCCUGUCUGAUGCUCGGAAGCACAGGUGUACAAGGUGUCAUACUGCAUCAUAUUCUUCUCUCAGAAAGCUCAGAGCCGCUGCUGCUGCUGCUACUGCUGCUUUAGAGUGGAAGGAAUGCACUUCAUAAUUUUUAUAUAAGGUCGUGUUCAUUGUGCAUACGCUAUUGGAGGUAUUCUAUAUGCAAGUACUGCGGCGAAAGUCGCUCACUUCGAUAGAACUCUCUAUGUGAAACAGAAACGAGGAGACGAAGUUGUUUUCUAUGUUCGUGUCUGGUGCGGAGUCAUUGUCAUUGUUUAAUUUACAUGGUGCUGAACUGCUCGAGAAUUUCCAAUUCUGUGAUUGAUAGCAACGUUUCCUGUUCUUUGCUUUAAUCCACCACAGACGCAUCCACAUUGCCCUUGAAGAAAAAUAUAACGCGAAAAUCACCAGUCCCUUCGCAAGAAAACCGAAACUGUGCAUUGAAUGUUGUAUGCUGCAGUACUGUUGGCACCUCAUUCACGUCGCUAUAACUGUGACUGAGGCUGCGUUAAAAAAAAGAAAAAAGAUGAAUAUGGCGCUUUGUCUGGAGCAAGCAGUAUUUAUUUCUUGUGCUGAAAGGCAUUUCAGUACACCUUCUGGCCUUCGUGCGCCGUAGAUCGUAGCUCCUGUAGCGUCGCAGCGUGGCCAGCUUAUAGAAACUCCCAACGAUUCAGGGCUUGAAACCAUGCGGUUUAUAGAUUCUUAUUCUCAGAGUAGCACAUGUCGAGUCACACUCGGCCAACAGUGACCAAUUCUGCGGAUGCGAGCUGCUAAUGGCACAAGCAGAGUGUUAGUAAUAGUGUUCAACUUUCGCUGCCAACAAGAAGGUAACAAAUUCUAGCAUGGCAGCUUCAGCUAUACCCAAAGUUUGUUCGUGUGCGUGCGUGCGUGCGUGCGUGUGUGUGUGCGUGUGCGUGUGCGUGUGCGUGUGCGUGUGCGUGUGCGUGUGCGUGUGCGCGUGCGUGCGUGCGUGCGUGCGUGCGUGCGUGCGUGCGUGCGUGUGUGCGUGUGUGUGUGUGUGUGUGUGUGUGUGUGUGUGUGUGUGUGUGUGUGUGUGUGUGUGUGUGUGUGUGUGUGUGUGUGUGUGCGCGUGUGCGCGCGCGCGUGUGUGUGUGUGUGUGUGUGUGUGUGUGUGUGUGUGUGAUUUUUUUUUAGUUUUUUCUCCUUCGUUCAAGAUAAGGGCUAAAUAGUGCAAAGGGACCCUUUCGACAAAAUUAAGAGGCGUAUCUAUAAAGUACGCACAAUUUGUCAAAUAACUCCGCGUUGGCACUUGAAUUGCGGGCUUUCGUGCACGCUUAUAUUGUAGACGUCACAUCCGGAGUAACUGGAUGCACCGCACCUAUGAAUUCGGUCUCCGAUUCUUUUAUUGAAUAGGUUUUGGGCGUCUACUGUGACUUGUCCAAGCUUCGCAAUAAAAUAACGAAGAAGUAAUACACAGUAGGCGAACAAGACAUGUCUCAAACUGGAGCCAACGUUUCGACAAGGAGAGAGACCCUUUGUCGAAACGUUGGCUACAGCUUAAAGCAUCUGCUCUUCGACUACUCUUUAUUACCGUAACUUGGGUUCUUGUAUUACCGUAACUUGUAGAAGAAACAUAUUGAGAAGGUGGUUCAGCAACUCCAAAGGGGGUGAGAACGUUCGUAGCUUGAAGCGAGGCGGUAGGCGAUCUUUAUUUAUUGAUGACCUACUGCGUGUGGUCCAAGAGAAAGUAAGUAGGUACGACCACCGCGGCCAAAAGACCAAAACCGGACCGCAGAAGACCAGCGGUGGCACGAGAGAGUUAAUACGAGCACCAACGAUAGCAAUUGCAGUUAGCUUUCGGUAGCCUUUUCGAGAACUUUCAUUAAUUGUGCAUUUAUACCGCUCUUUGAUGAUGCGGCACUGCACAAAAUUUUGCCGCGUAUGCCGGUUAUCUGAAUUUUUGUGCUCAUUAUGGGGGAAAAAAUGUAAGCGGCGGUUUGCAGAAUUGUUUCAAGGGGUUCCACGUCCUAAAGCAGCACUGCGGUUAUGAAGGACGUAAUAUUGGACGACUCUGCAAUAAUUUUGUCCUCCUGGGUUUCUGUAAUGGGCCACCUAAGCUGACGAGCGUUCUCGCAUUCCACGCCUCGCAUGAUGCGGCCACCAUGAGUGCAAAUCGAACCUGCGACCUUGUGCUAAGCAGUAGAGCGUUUAGCCACCGGGGAUGGCAAAUAAAAUUAACAGGUCAUAAGGAACGGAGAGCUAUUUUGGCUAUUUAGUUAGUGUUGUCAUGGUCCGUAAUAUUGUUUUUGUUUAAUUAUUGCAACGGACUUGAUGUCUGGAUACUCCUCGUACAGUAUGAUAUCUAAGGUGUGAUACCUUGUAACAUUCCUCAAGAUAUUAGACAGGGCCUUUUUUUUCUGCUAAUACCAUUACUUCGGGAUACCUACUUACUAUUUGCUGUGACCGGUGCUCGGAACUCUAUGAUCACUACCGCCAAAGUAGCUGCCUAGUCUCUAUUCAAUUUUGUUCGUUGCAUGUAAAGUAGUUAGAAUUUUUUUUUCUUCUUAGGUAGACGUGCUACCUCCACAUUUGCCAUGCUUAUCGGAGCGUUCUCGACGUAGUGUCAACAUUUCGAUAUCUGUGUGCGCGAACAAUUGCGCCUGUAUAAGCUUUGCCACACUAAGUAAGCAGCGCGACGCGUUAUCUCGCAUAAUUGCAGUUGCUAGAUAAAUACUAAAAAGCACGCAUGCGCACACGCGUCUGUACUCACGCCAUUGUUGUGUAGGCUUAGCUAGCUUAUCUUUAAGCUCGUUGUUAAUUUAUUAAAAUCACGAACCGCCCCAUUGCGCACUUAUUGCGUUAUGCAAAAAAGCUACUUUCUUUUUUGUGCUUGGUGAUUCACCACUUGAUUUAUUUAUAUUGGGAAUAUGGGCAACAAAUAUGCGGCCGGUCUUUUCACAACGACGGGUGCUUUGUGCGCCCAUUUCACCAUAUCGACGCGUUUCCUUCCGUCUCAACGGACGGUAUAGGUCGCCCCCCUCCCCCUUUUUUUUUUGCGCGCAUAGUUUUCUUUCGAGAUGAACUGACAGUGACACACUUCUAUACGCAGAAGACAGAUAUGACGGUAAAAUUCAAUUUAGAAACGCGACCGCUUUGAGGUACUUGCCGCAAGUACCAAAAAAAAAGGAAGAAAUAAAUAUCUGCCUUCACCAAGCCUCCAGUGAACCAUUUAUCACAUGCUCCGGUUCGGCAUCGCCAGUGCGUGUUACUGGGACGGUUAGGUUCUGAACUUUGCGCGUCAGCGAGCGUUACAUCUUUUUAAACCAAGUUCACCAAGUUACCACGUAUUUCUGACAGGAACUUGUAACGAUACGCCAACUGUUUGGCGUUUGCCAUUGCUUACCGACUGCUCUUGAACGAUGUCCUACAAAGGGGCGCUAGACAAGAAAUGCGCUGCUAGGUAGUUUCGUAAUGCUACGGAUCACUGGGAUGGCGAUAUGCUGCCAUAUAUGUAAUGUAUGCGCCUGCCGUGUCAACGUACACAAGGUGUCCCACGUAACUUGAGUCAAACAUUGCAUAUAUGCAAAUA